UCUCGCAGAUCAUUCAUUCCUUGUACAGAAAUCAUGUAUCGACCUUCUCAGCUGCCGCAUGGAGAGAACCCCCAAAAUCAAUCAAUAAGUGGAAGAAGAAGAGGUAACAACACUACAAGGAGCUUACAGGGUGAUACAUCUGAAAGCAAUGAUAGGAACUUUGAAGGUGUUUCUGAUCAGCCUCUGGAUGGAAAUCCAAGUUUGUUUCAGUUGGAUGAUGAACUUGGAUUACUUUCUCUCCUUGGAUCUAAGAGGGUUCAUAAUAAAUCUGAUCAUAUUUGUUCAUCCUCUUAUGAAAGAUCACUCCCAUUUGAACAGUUAGUCGGUCAAACUUCAGAAUGGUCCAGUUCAAGUUCACUGCCAGAAGACUUGUGUUCAGUGCACAUAUCAGAUCCUGCACAAGUUCUACCCCAUGUGAGAUCAAGCCCAGGAUAUAAUUCAAUGGGUGCUAGUUCAUCCACUGCUGUGGUCAUUUCCAGAAGGGACCCUACACCAUUACCAGAGACAAUUACAGAGAGAGGCAUCACAGAAAUUCCACAACCUCCAUUAUCGAAUAUAAUUGAGAUUAUUGGAAGCACUUUUUCAGGUUCUCAGGUAGAAUCCCGUACAGUAAGUUGCCAGCAACAAUCUUUCAGUUGGGUAAUUCGUAGCCGCCGUCCUCUUCCUCGAAUUCCUCGUGGUGUUCCAGCUGUGAUCCACAGGUCCUUCCUUCCCGCCAUUGGAUUUAGCUCCAGGAGUGGAAAUACCUUAUCUCCUGAACUUCCCCAAAUUCCUUCCUUGCCUUUUGAUGAAGUAGGGUUAGAGAGUGAUCUUGAUCCUCUAAGGCAGCAAUAUCUACAAUCUGUUCUUUUCAUCCAGAGGCUGGAAACUGGCGUUAUAGCAGGUUCAAUUUUAUUAAGGAUGUUAACAGCCAGUAGUGGAGCACAAUUCAGGCUAGCAUCUGAGGAUAUUCUGAUUCUUAGUCAAUCACCAUCAUCUGAUGUAGCUAAUUUGCAAGACCAUUAUGGAGAUAUGCAGCUAGAUGUGGAUAACAUGUCUUAUGAGGAGUUACUGGCUUUGGAAGAUCAUAUAGGGAAUGUAAGCACAGGGCUGUCUGAAGAAGUAAUUAUCGAAUAUCUAAAACUUAAAAAAUAUUUCUUAUUCACAGAAGAGAAUUCUCUGAAGGUAUCGUGCAGUAUUUGUCAGGACGAGUAUGUGGAGGAGGAUGAGCUGGGUGUUCUGGACUGUGGACAUGACUUUCACAGUGCUUGUAUCAAGCAAUGGCUAAUAUGCAAAAACCUCUGCCCUAUAUGCAAAUCCACUGGUCUGACUACCUUAAUCCCCAAUACGCCCAUAAACUCGUAGUCUAACAGAUAAUCUUAUCUCAACUUUAUUCCUUUGCGGUAGGAAAUUGUCUCAUGUGGUAAGAAUUGAGCAUUUACAUUAAUUUUUUUUUGUCACCAUUCUUCAUUCAUAUUGUUAAUUGAUUAGGAAUAAUGUGCGUGCAGAUUUCUUGGUGAACAAGUUUUAGACUGGUCAAUGUUGGCUCCAUCAUAGGCUCAAGCCGUCAUGAUUCUCAGGUAUCCUUAAGCAUAGAAUACCAAGUAGUACCAGAUGGAAGGUUUAGCAGCUACAAACAAAGGAGUUCCUAAGAAAGACUUUUUGGCUGUAUGGUGAAUUCAAGUACUCAAAUGGAUACAGGAGUGGUACUUUGUCAUAUCAUUUUGAAACUAAAAAGUCAAUAUGUGAUGAUUCAACUUAGUAUUCUUUGCUCAGAAUAUUCUCAUGGUGUCACUCUGGUAAUAGUUUUUAUUCAACCAACUGUAAUAUU